AUGGCACAGUGGAAGCACUUGUCCAGCAUACAAUUAGCGGAUGCACAAUUCGGCGUUCCCGGUAAUAUCGACGUGCUAAUUGGUGCUGACGUAUGGGGUCAAGUUGUCGAAACUGACUUCAAAUUUGGCGGUCCUUGUGAGCCGCACGCUCAACGCACUGCUUUCAGGUGGGUCAUAUUUGGCCCAGUUUCUGCAGCACAACCUUCAACGUUGCCAACUCUCGCAUUAAGUACGCACCUAUGCGACGAGGACAUACACUUGGAGGAACUGCUCCGAAGUUUUUGGAAGUUAGAGGAAGUGCCCUCCCUAGAAUAUGAUGGAGAUGACGAAUGCGAACGAAUUUUUUGUAACACCCACUCUCGCACACCUGACGGACGCUACGUUGUAUGCAUACCAUUUCGUCCUGAUGCGCCGGCUUUGGGAGAUUCUUAUACUCAUGCAUUACGACAGUUUUACCUUCUUGAGAGGCGACUGGCAGCAAAUAGUGAACUCCGGGAGAAAUACAUUGCUUUUAUGCGCGAAUAUGCAGACCUAGGCCAUAUAGAGCGCGCAUACUCAUUGAACGGUAAUGAAACGGGCUUUUAUAUCCCGCAUCAUGCAGUUUUGGGGAAGUUUCGCGUUGUGUUCAAUGCCUCGGCGAGAACUACAACCGGCGUCUCCCUAAACGAAGUUCAGCUGGUAGGAACGACAAUACAAGAUCCGCUACUUAACAUAAUAUUUCGCUUUCGCCGCUUUCGCAUCGCAUUGUCUGCCGAUGUUGAGAAGAUGUUUCGACAGGUACUUGUUAAACCCGAGCAUAGAGAUUUUCAGCGCAUUAUUUGGAGAGAGUCCCCAACCGAUGACAUCACUAUAUACCGCCUUACAACGGUGACUUAUGGUAUGGCUAGCAGUCCCUACAACGCGGUCCGCGCACUCAACCAAUGCGCAUACGACAACUACAAAGUGGUCGCUGAUAGUCAACAAUCGAUAGCGGCACGCGAUGCGAUCUUGUCGUCGUUUUAUGUCGACAUUUUUCUUACCAGCUGUGACACUGAAGAAAAUGCAACUGAACUUGCAUUCAACGUGACUUCCAUAUUGUCUGAAGGCCACUUCCAUUUACGUAAAUGGAACUCCAAUAGUGGUGAAGUAUUAGCACGCUUGAUUGGCAACCGUUCUCCUAACGUAGAGAUGACCAUCGAAUCACCAACAGCAACUGUACUUGGGCUUCGAUGGGAUGCAGCAGCAGAUGAGCUAUUUUUCAAGGUAGAUCUGAAAGAGAGCUUAGGCUUCCUAACGAAGCGACGGGUACUAAGUGCCGUCGCAAAAUUAUUCGACCCUACCGGCAUACUGGCACCAGUUGUUAUUACUGGAAAAAUAUUCAUACAAAGGUUGUGGGCUGCUCGAUUGUCGUGGGACGAACCACUGCCAGAUGAACUUCAAACCACCUGGGUAGCCUUUUACAGCGAACUCGAC